AUGUCCGCCCGCUUCGCCAACUUCGCGCCUUCGCCCGCUGAGUCCGCCGUCCCUGUGCAAUUCGGGACUUUGCUCUAUACAGAAGCACCAGGCUCGUUGCUCGUUAUGCGCUACAUGGACGGGCCAACCGUGCCUGUUCCUCGAGGCAUUGAUCGGCCGCUCAACGAAGUCUUCUUCGCUAUGCAACUGUCCCCCACUAGGUUUUGGUCGAUAGCCGCUCAGCAAGCUUCUGAGGCAGCCAAUGCAGCUGGCUUUGUGGUUGACAGGGCUCAUCAUUUGGGCAAAGGUGACUGCUUUGGCCUCCCUGUCCUUGAUCCCUCUCUCCCUGCAUCGACGUUAGUGGGUAUGUCCCACAUGCAGAUCAUCUAUCAGCUGCUGCCGCAGAACCAGUCUGGCUGGGCAUGCAGAGGUCGCACGAGCGCUAUUUGGAUUCCGCGCAUGGUCUUCAACUGGUCAUCAACGUCUGUAGCUCAGCGGGAUUGUGUUAUCGUGGAAGUGUUGCAGGAACAUGCGUCCACGUUCAAGAGGAGGGUUGACGAGGCGGUCUUGCCCGGCAACGUGAUCGGUCAGGCUUCUCAGCAUGAGCAGGUAGGCGUUAUUGUUAUUCUGCGAAAGGAAUGA